AUGCUUUACAUAGCUCCUCUUCAAAUGGAACUUGACACCACUGCUCUGCCACCUGAAUCUGAAAGCUUUAAUGACAUGUCAAAAGAGAAAUGCCAGAAAUGUGGAAUCACUUAUCCAUUAGUCAUCCUGACUGCACUUUGGAAGUUUAAUAAGGCAACUUGCCCCAUCUGUCAAAAUGAAAUGCCUCUUGAUGUGAUAGAGAUUCAUGCAAGUUUUUGCACAGGUGACAGCACGCCACCUCUGGAAUUCAAUGCGUCUAUGGAGGAACCAUCUACAUCUGCAUUUUCCGUGCCUGUGACACAUACCGGUGAUCAUUCAAAUGCAGCUGAAGCCACAAGCAUGAGUUAUGAUUGGAAAACUGAACCAGAUAAAAAUAAAGCAGCAUCCUUAUACACAAAGGAAAUAAUUUGCCAACAUGAGAUGAGAAAGCCCCUCUUGAUGACCAUGGAUUUGAGGAUGGUCAAGGAAGAUCAAGACAGAGAACUUGUUGCAUUCUACAAACAAAACGGCAUAGAAUGGGCAAGCCCUGUGAAGUGCAGACGCCAAGGGGAUGCUGCCAUUGGUGAGGGAGUAACCAGACAUUUCUUGUCUACUGUUAUACAAAGGCUUCAGCAUGGAUUUAAUUUUAACAUGGGAAAUACUGCAAGGACCUGUCUCUUUGACGGUGAACCAGGUCAUCUUGUUCCAUCAUCAUCACAAUUUCUUGUAGAGUGAUCUGUUCCUUGUUGCAGGACAAAUGAUUUGACAUUCUUUCCUACAUGGUGGACCUCGGCUGGCUGGAGUCAGCCAAGCAAUAGUCCAUGUACUACUAGGAGGUUCACCUGAGACUGCUACAGUGCAAAUAGAAGACUGUCCUGACCAUGAUAUUCGUGAAACCAUAAAACUGUUUGAUGGAGAGGCUGAACUCACUAGCAGUGAAUAUCAAGCUGUCCUUGACCUGAGUCUUGCGUGGGAUCUUCCUAGCCCAACCAAAGAAACUCGGAAGUGGCU